CUCGAGGCUACUUUGCAAACUAAAAUGGGGUACUUCAAUUCGAGAUGGGCUUCUUCUGGAGAUUAAGCCCAUUGGGCUUCUAUUCGAGGUUUUACGGUAUUCUAGUUAUAUAUUCGUAACUUUCUAAUAUGUAAUUAUUAUAUUUUCAUACGUUCGUUUAUACUGUAUUUAAGUUCAGCAGUUCAGUUACCUCUCUGAGUUUAAAUAAAACCUGUGCAACAUAUAACCUAUGUAUUGAGCUUCUGCUGUGAAGUGGGCGUGUUGUUUGCUCUUUUUAUCAAACUCUGAACGAAGGUCAGCAUCGUUUGAGCAUUGUUUGAGGAACAACAAAUCUACUACUAAUAAUGGAUAAAUCGCAAGCUAAAUUGAUCGGUCUUGGAGGGACAGCUGCUAUUGCUCUUUACUUGCAAAGGAAGUAUGGCAGUGCAUUGUUGAAUGACGUUAGAUGGAUACGUAUAGGCCUAGCAAUUAAAAAGUUUGCUCUCAAUUGCGAAAAAAAUGGCUUGACUUUGGUUGAUCUAUUUCUACAAAACGCUGACAGCCAUCCAUACAAGCCAUGCAUUCUGUUCCAGAAUAGUGUCUAUACAUACGGAGAAAUUGAUAUCGAGUCGAACAAAGUAGCACAUUUUGCAAAAGGCACUGGGUAUCUUGACCAAAAUGAUACUGUUGCGUUUUUUAUGAAAAACGAACCAGCGUAUUGCUGGUGGUUCUUGGGAUUACAGAAGAUAGGCAUCACGUGUGCGUUUAUUAAUUACAAUCUUCGUGGAAAAUCUCUUUUGCAUUGCAUAAAGAUAUCAGGAUCAAAGGCUGUUGUAGUAGCAGGAGAAACCGAUUUAGUUGGCGAGAUCAUUGAGAUUUUACCCGAAUUGAGUGAGCUUGGCAUACGAGUAUGGUUGAGAGGCAACGUCAUACAAGACCUUCCAGAUGGCAUUCAACCAAUUGAACAUCAACUCCAGUCUGCAUCUGGAUCACCAGCUCCUAAAAGCUACCGGAGUGAAGUCACGUUAGAUGAUCAAGCUUAUUAUAUAUUCACAUCGGGAACCACAGGAUUGCCAAAGGCUUGUAAGAAGACUCAUAGAAGUAACUACCUAGCAUCAUUUGUCUUUGACUUCGUCGGACUUCGACCAGAUGACGUGUUGUAUUCUUCUCUACCACUGUAUCAUAGCGCUGCCUUCAGCCUCGGUUUCCUCAACUGUAUGAGAGUUGGAUGUACUUUUGCGAUUGGUCGUAAGUUUUCUGUUACUCGGUUUUGGGAAGAUGUUCGCAAGCACCACGUCACCUUUAUCCAGUAUAUCGGCGAAGUUUGUCGCUACCUAUUGGCCCAACCAAAGAAACCAGACGAUGGCGUGUAUCCAGUGAAGCUUCGUAUAGCAUGUGGCAAUGGUCUUAGGCCUGACAUAUGGGAGGAGUUUAAGACCCGCUUUAACAUUGAACACAUCUACGAAUUUUGGGGUGCUACUGAAGGCAAUCAUAUGUUUUUAAAUUUAGACGGCAAAAUCGGUCCUGUGGGUCGUCUUUCGCCACUUAUGAAGUUACUGAGCGGAGGUGUCCAUGUGAUCAAGUGUGACGUAGAUCUUGCUGAACCAAUCAGAGGGAAGAAUGGAAAGUGUAUUGAGGUUUCCUCAGGUUUGUUAUUUUGUAGAAAAAUACAGAGAGCAAAUCUAAUUCUAAUUGUAAUGGAUAAAUCGCAAGCUAAGUUGAUCGGUCUUGGUGGGACAGCUGCUAUUGCAGUUUACUUGCAAAGGAAGUAUGGCAGUGCACUGUUGCACGACUUUACAUGGAUACGUCGAGGCCUAACAGUAUAUAAGUUGCUCCAAUGUUGCGAAGAUAAUGGCAUGACGGUGCUUGAUUUAUUUCUGCACAACGUUGAUAGCAAUCCAUACAAGCCAUGCAUUCUGUUCCAUAAUAGUGUUUAUACAUACAAAGAAGUUGAUUUCGAGGCAAACAAAGUAGCACAUUUCGUAAAAGGCAUUGGAUAUCUUGAUCAACAUGACACUGUUGCUUUUUUUAUGAAAAACGAGCCAGCGUAUUGCUGGUGGUUCUUGGGAUUACAGAAGACAGGCGUGACUUGUGCGUUUAUAAAUUACAAUCUUCGCGAAAAGUCUCUUUUGCAUUGCAUAAAGGUAUCGGGAUCAAAGGUGCUAGUAUGCGCAGGAGAAACCGAUUUAAUUGAAAAAAUCAUCGAGAUUUUACCCAAACUGCGCGAGCUUGGCAUUCGAGUUUGGUUGAGAGGCAACGUCACACAAGACCUUCCAGGUGGCAUUGAAACAAUUGAACACCAACUGCAGUCUACAUCUGGAUUACCAGCUCCUAAUAGUUACCGGAGUGAAAUCACUUUAGAAGAUGAAAUUUGUUAUAUAUUCACCUCUGGAACAACAGGUUUCCCAAAAGCUUGCAAAAAGACCCACCGAAGUAUAAAUUCAGCAGCACACGUAAUGAUAUUCUUUGGUCUUCGGCAAGACGACGUUUUUUACACUCCUCUACCGAUGUAUCAUAUUUCUGCUAUCAUGGGUUUUGUUAACAGUGUGAGAGUCGGAUGUACUUUUGCGAGCAGUCGUAUGUUUUCUGUCACUCACUUUUGGGAAGAUGUUCGCAAACACCACGCCACCGUUAUUCAGUACAUCGGCGAAACUUGUCGCUACCUAUUGGCCCAACCAAAGAAACCAGAUGAUGGUGUGUAUCCAGUGAAGCUUCGUAUAGCAUGUGGUAAUGGUCUGAGGCCUGAUAUAUGGGAGCAGUUUAAGACCCGCUUCAACAUUGAGCGUAUUGUUGAGUAUUGGGGAGCAACUGAGGCCAAUACGUUUUUUAUGAACAUAGACGGGAAAAUCGGUGCUGUCGGCCGCCUUACGCCGCUUGUAAAGUUAAGGACAGGAGGCGUCCAUGCGAUCAAGUGUGACGUCGAUCUUGCUGAACCAAUCAGAGGGAAGGAUGGAAAGUGUAUUGAGGUUGCGCCAGGUGAAACAGGACUAUUUGUAUCACUAGUGAACGACGCUCGACCGUUUCUAGGGUAUACUGGAAAGAUAGAGACAGAAAAGAAGAUCCUAAGGAACGUGUUUCAGGACGGAGAUUGUUACUUUAACACAGGCGACCUCAUCAAAAUCGAUUCAGAUGGCUACGUAUACUUCAUGGAUAGGCUUGGAGAUACAUUCAGAUGGAAAGGUGAAAACGUUUCUACCACUGAAGUUGCCAAGAUUCUAGACGAGUUUCCUGGUAUUAUGGAGGCAAACGUCUAUGGAGUGGCGAUACCAGGUCAAGAUGGCAAAGCUGGAAUGGCCGCCAUAACCCUCUCAGCCGGCGUUGAUUCGCUAGAUUUCAAGAAACUUUACACCUACCUCAGUGGUAAACUACCAUCAUAUGCACGUCCAAAAUUCAUACGAAUUACCAGCAAUAUGGACUUGACUGUCACCUUCAAACACAAGAAGUCGAAUUUGGUUAAACAGGGAUUUGAUCCGAUCCAAAUUACCGAUCCCCUGUUUUAUGUUAAUAACAAGUCAAAGACGUAUGAUGUACUAAACGCAGACUCAUUUGCAUCUGUGAUACAACUCGGCAGUAAGCUCUAGCAACACGACAGUAAACUCAGCAAAUCAGCAGGCUUAUAAUUCUUUAUUUCAAUAGUAGGCCUAUGACAGUAACUGAAAAUAACGAACCAACACUUUAUAACCACCAGGACCACAAAUCAUCAUACGAUGGCCGAAUAUGCCCUAAAAAGUCGGUUUAGAAAAGUAAUGGUCAUGUCACGGAUUGAAUAUGGCACAUAUUUUGAAGUAACGUACAAAUGGGGCAAGUAGGCCUAUUUUUGUGGUUUUGCCGUAGCAUUCAAUUAUGAAGUUGGCCCAUAAGAAGAAGAAAAAGAAUCCAAACGAAUGUAACUGAUAAAGUUAAACCACUAAAUAUCCAGAAAAAAAAAACAG